AUGAGCAACUCUGAUAUUUAACAUAUUGAAACACACACUUAAAGAAGACCUACUACUGCAUCUCUUCAACAUUCUGUUUAGAAUUCUCAUCCUAUCUCACCUUUGAAAUAUGAUUAUUUAGUAACAUAGCAUACCUAAAAUUCUAUAUCUCCAUUGAGAUAAUCAAAUCAAAAGAACAAAUUUGUACAACCAUUUAGUUCUUUAGCAAUUAUAUCUAAAUAAUAAAUUGAUAAUGACUAUAAAAAAUUAUCAUUGUAAUCACCUGCUUAAGUAUUUGGAAAUGUAAUCAAUACUUUAUAUCAAGUAUUUACCACCUAAGGCACCUGAAUUGUAUAGAUCAACAAAUUCACCAACUAGAAUAGGUUAAUAUAAUUCAAAAACUUAAGUUACCGAAAGGGGAAUGGAUGACAGAUUAUCUGAAUUUUCACUUCAACUUGUAAAUUAAUAAACAGGUGAAGACAGACUUAAAAUGUAAGAUGGAAAUAUGUUGCAAUUUAAAUAAAUAAAAUUCAACAAGCAUAGGAAUAGUGAAUAAGACUUUAAAAGUCAAUAAACUAGAUUAUCUGUUAGAGAUGAGAAUAUUCAAUAAUCAAUUAGUCAUAGUCAACAUACAACAAAACAUGGAUAUAAUAAUGUAGAUAUUUAAGUUAAGUAUGAUAAACUAAAAGAGGAAUAUGAUUUAUAACAUAGAUUCUUAUAAGAGAAAGAGAAAUCAUAUAAUGAUCUAUAACUUAAAUACUAAUAGAUAUAAAGAGUAUAAUAGUAAUACUAAUCAAAUAAUUAAGAAUCAGAUUAAUAGACAAUAAAAUAGUUAAGAGAGAAAUUAUUAUAAAAUGAAGAAAAAUUAUAAGAAUACUCAGUAGUUUAGUUUUAGAUAUAAUCACUAAAGUAAUAAAAAGCAGAAGCAGAAAUGAAAUAAAAUAGAUUAUAAACUGAAAAUUAACAAUUAAAAAAUGAGUUAAUUCAAUUAUAAUAAUCAUUAUCUAAUUGUAAGAGUUAAGUGACAUAAGUAAAAGAACUUGAAUUAUUAGUAGAGGUAUGUUAAAAUGAUUAAGAUGGAUUUAUAAAAUCAUUAGAAAGUAAAGAUGCUGAAAUAUAGUAUUUAAAAAAUAGAGUACAAACAGCAUAAGAAUAAUUAUUAAAAUUUAAAUAAGAUAAUCUUAAAUUAUUUAAUGAAUUAUAGAAUGUUCAAUAAGAAAUUAAGAGUAUGUAAUAGGCAAUAUUAUAAUCUUAAGAAGUAAUGAAGACUAAUUAAUAACUUACUUUAGAUAUUGAGAAUUUAGAAUUGAGUAAGAAUGUUUUAUAAGAAUAAUAAGAGAAUGUACUAGAAUAAUAUAAAAGAUUGAGUAGUAUUAAUGAAACAUUAAGGUAAUAAUAUUAAUAAUCACAAAAUGAGAUAAAUUAAUUAAAAUCGAUUUUGGAUAAUGAGAAAUAGAAUUAUGAAUAAUAAAUUUAAGAUUAGAAAUAUGUUAUAGAAUAAUAAGAAAAUGAUUUAUUGAACGCUAAAAUGGAGAAUGAAUCAAAUACUUAAAAGAUUAGUGAAUUGACUAAAUAUUAUUAAACUUAAUUUACAGAACUUUAAUAAUCUUUAGACAACUGGUUUAGAUAAUAGAUAGAAAUAGAAUUAAAAAAAGUAGUAGAUCCAAUAACAGAAGAAAGAGAUUAUUAUUAAGAGUAAUGUAAAGAAGCUCUAUAAAAAUGCGAAUCAUUAGAAGAUUAAAAUUAAGAAAUAAUAACAGAAUAUGAAAUAUUAAAUGUUAAACAUUUAGAAUUGAAGAUGUUAUUUGAUUAAAUCAAAACUAUUUCAUAAACAUAGUUGAAGAAUUGA